AUCAGGUCUCUAGAAGCCGCACCGUUGAGCCCGUUGCCCCUGCUAAGCUUACCAAGAGAAAUACGCAACCACAUCUAUGCCCUUGUACUAUCAACUAGUCCGCGGGGUCAUAUCGAUUUCAGUCUGACAUUGAACGAUAGACGCAUCAACCAGUUGCAACUGACCUGUCGCCAACUUUACAGAGAGACUCGGCUGCUCGAAUUCAAAGACAACCCUGUGAAGAUCAAUGACCAUAUAGCCGAGUCCUCACUUAGGGAUUUACUGGACGAAAAACACCCAUCAGAAGCAAAGAUGAUAUUUCUUGGCCUGACUCGCUCGCUCGGUCUCAAGAGACUUUCGUGGAUUAAGAGUCUAACACUCUCCAACCAAAUUUCCGCUGUGGACCACGCGAAUUGGUCAGAAUUAAGAGAGAUGGCGAGCACGAUGGUCCACUUAACCAAAGUCUUGAUGAACAAGCCAUCGCUACGAGUGAAGUACAUCAUGCACCACUUCUGCAGGGCGAACCUGCUCAAUAAGUUGGGCGACGAUGUUAGUGACAUCUCUAUCGGCACGCAUGGCAUCGUGCUGUCUAGCGUCAUACGCGGCAACGCUCUAGAGGACAUGUGGCCAACAACAACAGCAGUAGUACUAGUAAUGAGGGAAUCAUACGAACGCACAAUGAGUAUAGCAGAAAAGCUCCCUGCUCUUCGGGUUGUGAGGGAAGCGUCAUUAAGAGUGAAGAGACUGGGACAGAAUCAGAUUCUUUCCUAA